UCUCCUCCCCUAAACAGAUCCUCUGCCCAAAAUCAAUUUUCGCCUAUUUCUCUACCUGGUUGAGAGCCGGAGGUGUUUCAUCUUCUGUUGAAUUUUCUUUCUCUUCAAAUUUCUCAGGGAAAAAGGAAAGAAGAAACGAAACAAUGGAGGCAGAAAUCAAAGAGAAGAUAGAGAUUACCGUUCGCGAAAUCCUGCAGGAAUCGGACAUUAACGUAAUUACAGAGUCCAAAGUCCGAAAGUUGGCAUCGGAGAAGCUUGACCUUAACCUCUCCGAUCCCAAGUACAAAGCUCACGUGAAGCUUGUUAUCAAUUCCUUCAUAGAAGAACAGAACAGUAGAGAAGAAGAACAAGAAGAAGAAGAAGAACAGCAGCAGGAAGGAGAAGACGAAGAAGGAGAAGAAGAAGUAUCUAAAAAUGGAAGUAGAGAGUACGACGACGAGGGUAAUCCCAUCAUAUGUCGGUUGUCUGACAAGAGAAAGGUGACUGUUCAAGAAUUCAGAGGCAAGCGUUUGGUUUCCAUCAGGGAGUAUUAUAACAAAGAUGGCAAAGAGCUUCCUUCUUCUAAAGGAAUAAGCUUGACUCUGGAGCAAUGGUUGGCUUUGAAGGAGAAUAUUCCAGCCAUUCAGGAGGCUAUUAAGAAGAUGAAAUCAUAGGUCUGACACCAUCAUCUGGAGACUGAAGGUUUUUGAAGCCUUGGGAUGUGUUUUUUAUCCCAAUCCAACUUGAUGGCUGUAAUUAGCACCUAUACGUUUCCUUUUGGGUUUCCUAGUUGAAAGAUUUUAUGACUUCAAACUGCGUGGAUGUUUUUGAGUGAUUUUGGGUGUAGACUGUGGGAAUAACCUGUUAAAGUGGUGUUGUGGAUUUUCUUUAUCAAUGGAGUUUUACAUCAAGACACUUAUGGACUGCCUGAUCAAUGAAGCAUGGUUUUGUACACA